CGAUCCAUCAUCGCGUGCAAUCAUCUCAAACGGAGCGUUCCUCCUUUCUCUUCUUUGCUGUGUGUAACUAAUUCUUGCUCCUUUUUGCCCCAUCGAUCCAUCUCCUUCUCUACGACCUGGUCCGCCCACGCUGCGCGUCUGGCGACUGUCCUCUGUGCACGCCACAAAGCAGAUCUGCGCCUGUGACAGCGAAGCGACACGCACCGGCUCGUCCCGUAGGCAGACAGCAAUCGACCUUUUUCGCCACGAGACACCAUUGUCAUCAUUCAUUCGCUUUAUAUCGUAUAUUCGGAGACGGGCAGGCAAACGAAGAGAGAAAAAAAAAACAAAAUCCUUCCAGUCAGGGUCGUUGGGGACGGGUGCUUGCGUCUAUCUCUCCUCUUGCCAGCCGAAACGCACAACCAUGGACGUCAAACUCGCCAAGAUCCUGUGCUCGCAUGACUUUGAAGCCUGGCGCGCGGCGCUGUGGAAGGAGAUCUCGACGGAGGCCAUACAGCACGGCUGGGUAGCGAAGGAGGACAUCCGGCGCGAGGACGGAGUCAUCGACCCGACAAGCGAGCGGUGGAGCCAGCUGUACGCACGACUGGUGGAAAUACGGUAUCUGUUCAGAUACCCGGUCUCGCGAUCGGUUCACGCCCGGUUUCUGCAUCCGGUGCCCAAGUCGCUGAAGAAGGUCGAUGUGGGCUACCUGAGCUUCCAUACCAGCCCGAAUCCCACAGUCGAAGACAAGGCUUUGUUCGAAGCGAGAAGAAAGGAGCUAAUCGAAUGGCGAGAGGCCGGUGGCUCACCCCCACGGGGCGUACUCCGCAGACCGCCCAGUCGACCACCCAAGGCAGCGUGCUAGAAGAAGAAGAGAGAAAGAAAGAGAAAGAAAGAGAGAAGAUCCAUAUACACAAAGAACGUUCAAAGGGAGCAUUGUGGUUUCUCAUCCCCCUUUGAUAAGUCAGCAAAGUUGGAGUGUCAACGAGGUACAGACAAAGAAAGACAAACCGACGAAAAAUCUCAUGUCAUACAUUGGUUGUUUCUCUUAGUCCUAUGGGGAUUUUUUUACGACUCUACAUUCCCUCGUUGUCUUGCAUCUUCUUUGCUCACUUGUUUGUUAUAACACAGCAUAGCGCAGCGCGACAAGAGGCUGGUAACUGGAUAUACCCCAAUCUCCUAUCCUAUCUGUUUGAUUAAGCAUGACAAAAGAAUCCCCACGCGAAGUCUUGUAACUUAUCUAUUUUUUUACCCUCUUCGUUGCGCUGGCAUACGGGAUGGGAGCCAAUUCAAUUAUUCGUCACACG